AGCCGCUCUACUCUACUGUAGGUAACAAGGUAACAGAGGUUGGCGCCGGCUCAACGCACUGGCUGUCCCGUAAUCCCACCAACUCAACAAAUCCAGGCCACCAGAGCAGUCAGUCCCUGACGCAAGCUAAAGACGCACGCCGACACCCACCGAAUAACUGCCUUCGCGACACUGCAAAAUCAAGCGGCAGUCCGGCCGCGCCGGGUUCUGUGCUGCUAGGCGCCGUCAUGGACUCCCAGUCGCUGCACUCUAAGGCGUCGCAAGACACGCUGGUUUCGCUGGUGCAACUCGAUCCGACGCCAAUGGAGUCGCCAAACGUCGACAAAGACCUCCCGCCGCUGCCCGAACAUCCCGAGGGCGAAGACCCAGGCUCGCCCCCGUCGGAGACGAGCAAAUCCCGGACCAACACAUCGAGUACAGCGGCGACAACCGCCAGCGUCGGUCUGAGCGGCGGGGGCAGCACUCAUGGAGCCAUAUACUACCUAACGCGCAUUCAACGCUACUCGAGCUACACCUUCUCGCUGUUCGCGACGCUGCAUCUGGCCACCACGUCCAUCAUCCCGUUGGUGGCGCGGUCGGUGCCCGCGUCCGAGUCGUACUUGCUACUGGCGCGCGAGAUCUACCAGACGCCUCUCUCGGAGCCGCUGCUGGUGGCGCUGCCCCUGGUGGCACACGUCGGGUCCGGGGUUGCGGUGCGGCUGCUGCGACGCGUGCAGAACCUGCGGCGAUACGGGUAUCACGGCGACGGGGGCAAGGGAGCAGGCCUAGCCCACCACCGGGGGGACAAGACGUCGUCAUCGUCGUCCCCCUCAUUAUUCACUAUCUUGCGGAGCGGCUGGCCCCCACUCAGCUACAUCAGCCUCUCCGGGUAUGGGUUCGCGGCAAUACUCGCGGCGCACGUAGGCAUGAACCGCGGGCUGCCCCUCGCCGUUGAGGGCGACAGCGCCAACGUCGGCCUGGCGUUUGUCGCGCACGGCUUUGCGCGGCACCCCGCCGUGUCGUGGCUAGCCUACGCUGCCCUGCUCGGGCUCGGCUGCGGCCACAUGGUGUGGGGCUACGCCAAGUGGUUUGGCGCUGCGCAGGGCGCCGGGUGGAAGCUGGACCGCCACACGGGCAACGCCGCGGCGGAUAAGCAGCGAAAGGACAGGAGGAGGAGACGUCUGCUGCUGGUCAACGCCGUUGCCACGGUCGCCACGGCGGUGUGGGCGGCCGGCGGGCUGGGCGUUGUUGCGAGAGGCGGGCUGACACUGGGCUGGGUUGGGAAGCUCUACGACGACUUAUUUAGGACGAUACCCGGAUUCUGAGGAGAUCUGACAGCUAGCAGCUUGUUCUGCUAGGAUACCGUCUGACAUUAACCUGGGGAACGCGAUGCCCGCAAAUCGCCGAAUCCUCCCGGACAGGGCGUAGGACUCGACAGACAUCGGAGAAUUCUGUGUGGCAUAUCACAAAAUCUCGCCUCGAGCCAUCUGUGCCCGGCGAGAACCUGGCGAAGACCAAAGACCGGAGUCGAGGCGCAUAAAGAGUUUUUACGGAAGGCAUGGUCUGUUUAGACGUGAUGGGGCGUUUAGUUACGCAGUGCAUGAGUUGUGACGGCAUAUAGCAGCAUUGGGGCCUGACAUUGAUAGAGAUACAUAGAUACCUUAUACAUUGUUUUUUUUCUUG